GUUGAUGUGGGCCCGGGCAGGAAAGUCAAGGUAGUAGUUAGGCCCAUACCACAAGCUCAAAGCCACAAGGCGACAAAGAGAAUCAAAGAACCAAACCAAGCAGUUUUCUGCAUUCGUCGGAGAAGACGACAAUACAAAAUUAACCAGACAUGAACUCAGUUGCGAGACGCAUAUCGAGCUUAUUCAGGCAGUCAGGUUACGGAACUGAGCCUCUUACUGCUCAGCUUCAGCAAAGCAGAGGCAUACGAGUGCAGGUGUAUAAUGGAAAUCUGGAAGGGGCAUUGGCAUUGAUGCAACGUAAGAUGACAUCGAGUGGGAUCGAGAGGAUGAUAAAGAUUGAACAGAGGUUUCAUAUAAAAAACUCAGAGAAGCGCGUGUUGGCACAAAAGAAUUUGCAGCGUAGGCUUCGAUCACAGGAUCUUGCUAGGAAACUCAAGGCUAUUAUGAUCAAGAAAGUCAGGGGUCUUUGAAAACAUUCCACUGCCAUUGAGAAAAAAGUGGCUGGUGGAAGUUGCAGUUAUGCAGUAAUUUUGAAGGUGACGACAGUAGUUGAAACACAUUUUCUCAAAUUGUUCUGGAGUAAUAUGUAUUUUGGCAGAAAUAGUUUUAUGUAUUAGACGCAUCACCACAGUGUUCUUCAUAAUUGGUUAAAUCUAAAGCACUUUGCUGAUGAGAAUGAGAAUUCGAUUCAAACA